AAUUCCUUGUAUAUUGGUCUAUGUAGAGAUAAAACACGCAUAGAUAACACGAACACAUUACCGAGUAGAACCAACCGUGCCAAUAUGUCAGGAGUGACCGUAUUGCUCGUCGUAUCCCAGUUGUAUACAGUUCUAGGUUCCUUAACCACUAUCGCAACCUCACAGGGAAGUUGCAGACAUGGAUGGAUCAGUUUCCAGAAUUCUUGCUACAUGUUUUCACACACUGUCUUAACGUGGCCUGACGCUGAAGAAGCAUGUGGAAUUCUUCAUAGUACCCUGGCAACCAUCCAGACAGAAGAGGAGCAAACGUUUCUCAAGGCAUACUUGAAUGGAAUACAUGCAAUCGCCCAUGGUUACUGGAUCGACGGUAAUGACCUUGAAGUAGAAAGUGAGUGGCAAUAUUCGUCGAUUGGAAAGCCUCUCAACUAUACCGAUUGGGGGCCGGGGGAGCCAAGCAAUGGAGCUAAUGAAGACUGUCUUCUCCUCUGGGGACCAUACCGGUUUCAGAUGGGCGACUAUUACUGUUACAUCCACAGACGCUUCAUUUGCCAGCAAAAUAAUUCGGCCGCUCCAACAACAAACCCAGGAUGGAUCAUAUUUGGAUGAUUGCUUGUUAGCUUUGUCAAUGAAUAUGUCAAAUAAUAACAUAAAUACGGA